GGCAACCAGUAGCCACACGACAGCCAAGCAAGCAAGAGCAACUUCAAUCGAUCAUGGGCAGCACACACUCCGAUACGCACAGCAGCAAUGCGAGCAUUCGCGUCAGCUAUGCCGACUUGACGCCGAGUCAAGUCGGCUGCUGUCCGUCGCCGCGUCCACAGUGGUGCCAAUUACUCGCCCAGCUGCAGCGCAAGCUGGCCAAGAAGCGUCAAUGCGCCUUUCAGCGUGGCUGCGGGGCGCGCACAGCACUGCUGCGCCCCAUGCCCAGAUGCUCCUCAUUUGGCAGCUGCAGCACGCUCCUGACUUCCAGCCAGCAACAGCAGAAGAAGAAGAGGAAGCAGCAGCAGGUGGACAACAACUACGYUCAGUGGAAAUGCAUGUUCGAGCAUGCUGAAAGCAAGCGACUACUGCCCCAGGCGCUGCGUCCACACGACAUUAGCGAAGCGCUCUCCGGCCAGACAACGCCUCGAGGCUUUCCCUCACACACGGACACACGCCGCUGCACGUUGGCCGAGCACCCCAAGCUGCUAGAGGAGGAACAAGAGCAUGAGAAGGAGCUGGAGCAGCACACGCCCCUUUACGAUGAUUGCAAGGUGCGACGUCGCCUCAGUUUCCGCCUGCCCGGCAGCGGCAGCGCCAGCCAGAGUAGCGUGCGUCGUCUGUCCACACGUCAGAAGGCCGACCAGGCCAAGCUCGAACAGCAGCUGGAGCGAGAGCUACGUGAUCUGGAGGAAUACUACGGCGCCUUUCACUAUGCACGGCGCAAUGAGCGACGCAUUUGACGAGCAAAUAGUGAUACAGCGAGAGAGAGGGAGAGAGAGAGAUAAGAAGAGUUGACAAAUGGAAUCCGCAAUGUGAUAGCUUUUAAUAUAUGUAGAAUAGCUAACUUAGUUUUAAGUCAAUUU